CGCAUGCGCGCCUGUCCACCGACGCGUCACUGCGCAUUCAACAUGGACCCGACGGUAAAGCGGUAGCGACGGACGCCUCUACGAGUCAUGUUUAUAUUCGCCCAUUCCGACGCCUCAUUAUUCAGAAAAAAACACUCCGGUUGACCGGAGGAAACCUAAAAUGUACAGCUUCCAAAAUCUACCGCCCGUCCUUGGAUAAGUGAUUGAUGAGAUACCGGUCAUGGCUGGAUUGAUCAAGAAACAGAUCCUGAAACAUCUCUCCAGGUUUGCUAAGAACCUCUCCCCAGAUAAGAUUAAUCUGAGCACUCUGAAAGGGGAGGGGCAGCUUACCAACCUGGAGCUGGAUGAGGAGGUUUUGCAGAACAUGUUGGAUCUGCCCACCUGGCUCGCCAUUAAUAAAGUCUUCUGCAACAAGGCCGCCAUCCGGAUCCCAUGGACCAAGCUGAAGACUCAUCCAAUCACUCUGUCCUUGGAUAAAGUUGUCAUGGAGAUGAGCACCUGUGACGAGCCUCGCCCUCCCAACGGUCCAUCACCCAUUGCAACAGCCUCGGGUCAAAGUGAAUAUGGUUUUGCGGAGAAAGUGGUGGAGGGCAUCUCACUCUCUGUGAACUCCAUAGUGAUCCGUAUCAGCGCCAAAGCCUUUAAUGCCUCCUUCGAGCUCUCGCAGCUCCAGGUAUACAGCGUUAACACCAGCUGGACCACUGGUGACCUGCGAUACACGCGCAUCCUGGACCCCACACGUGGAGAGAUCCUAACUUUUAAGGAAGUGAGCUGGCAGAUGAUCAGGAUUGAAGCAGAUGCCAUCCAGAACACAGAACAUGAGGUCCUCAGAGCCCCCAUACGCCUCAUCACCAACCAAUCAAGGAUCAGAGUCACUUUAAAGAGGAGGAUGAAAGACUGUAAUGUUGUUGCAUCAAAGCUAAUUCUGAUCCUGGAUGACCUGCUGUGGGUGCUGACAGACUCCCAGCUCAAGGCCAUGGUGCAGUAUGCAAAGUCUCUCAGUGAAGCCAUGGAGAAAUCAGCUGCACAGAGGAAGACUAUGGCCCCUGACACCACGCAGGUAACAACGGCACCCCCCUCAGCCCAGCAGGUGCGCGCACAGCAGGCUUCAGCCACAGCAGAUCAGAACGCUUCCAUGGAACGGCUGUUUAACUCCUAUGAUGUUCGUGAGACCUCACACCACCUCCAAAUCACACACUUGGACCUGCAUAUUUGUGACGACACCAAUGCCAAGGACAGAGGAAUUAAUAAGAGAUUAGAUGGUGGCGCAAUGCAGUUGUCCUUCAGUUCUAUCACUGUAGACUAUUACCCCUUCCACAAAGCUGGUGAGGGCUGUUUGCAUUGGAUGCAUUACAGUGAGGCCACAAAGUCUCGUGAGACCUGGGCCCGUUCUCUCCUGGAGGAGUUUAAGUCUAAUGUGGAUAUGCUCAAAAACGUAGUCAGUGGCCAGUCGCAGGGCUCCCCUCAGCACGGAAAGAUCUCCACCAGCUCCAGCACUUCCUUCUCGCCUCCAUCUGCACCAAGAACCCAACUCAUGUCCAGCUCAAUUGUGCUACGGAUGGCAGAUUUCAGCAUCUAUCAGGUGUCUACAGCAGACCAGCCACGCUCCAGUCCUCAAAGCAUGAUAUCCUGCAAUAAGAAAACCCUCUAUCUCCCCCAAGAGAUGCCGGCAAUCCAUGCCGAAUUCACAGAGUACUACUUCCCAGAUGGCAAAGACUAUCCCAUCCCUUGUCCCAACCUGUAUGUGCAGUUGAACGCGCUACAGCUGGUGCUUGACUCGCGCAGUCUGGUUUGGCUCAAUCUGUUUGCACUAGACCUUCGUCAGAGCCUAGAACAAUUUAUGGAGCUGUACAAACUCAAUGACUCUCAGAAACCUGACGAACAUGUAGAUAUCAGAGUGGACGGACUCAUGCUGAAGCUGGUGGUCCCUGCAGACCAGGAGAAGGCUCAGCCUGGCCAGCCUCGCUCUCUGUCAGUGCAGACCUCUGAGAUGGUAGCCACUAACACACGUCACUCUUCUGGAUGCACUCGGUCCAGUCUGGAAGCCCUUUUGCAGGCCUUCCAGGAGCAACCCUUCUUCACCUCCCUCUCUUCCUCCUUUCCUCGUGCCCAAAACUCCUUCUCUGUGCUGCAUUCGGCCUUCCAACGGCAUGCUCAUGAGCAGGAUACGCGUGUUCAUGAUGUGUACCGGGGCCUCGCUCCACCAUCUCUCUCCACCAAUGCCCUCAAAACACCAGCAGCCACUGACUUAUGGGCUCUGCACUUCUCUCAGUUCUGGGUGGACUAUGAGGGCUCACGCAGUGGGCGAGGUCGUCCGACACCUUGCGUGGACUCUUUCCCUCUGACUCUUUGGGUAUGCCACCCUGCCCGAUACACCCAGCACCACGAGAGGCUCAGAGCAGGCGUAGGGUCGGGCCUGUUGCCUCGCAGUGAGUCAGCAGAGAUUGCCAAUCGUCUGCAGAGGAAAAAGCUUCUUAAGGAGUACUACAGCACUGAUGCAUGUCUAAGCAACAUGCCAAGCAAUGGUCUCCACAAACCACAGUCUCUAGAUGGCCUAUUCAGUGACUCCUCUUCGUCUCUUUCCCUUGCUUCCUCGUCCUCAUCCAACGAAGUAGACUUGCAGAUGCUAGUGCACGUUCAGAAGCACCUGAGUGCUCAGGUGAGCCAUGGGCAGUAUAUGUUCCUGCUCAGACUGCAACAUGCUGUGAAAUCUCUGCAGCGCACUUUACAGCAAGAUCUGGAGCAGUACGGCUCCAAGCUCCAGGGUCCCACACAACCCUUCAGCGUCUGCGUGGGCGUGCUCAUGAAAAGUGCAGAAGUUGCACUACUCUUAAAGCCUAUUCCCCAACCAGAUUUAAGCACCAGCCCCCUGGACUCUGAUGUCUCCCCCUCAGAAAGCAGGACCACUCUUGAAGCUGGGAGUGAGGUGGGCGAGGAACACGAGAGACCCUCGGCUGCAGGAGAGGCUACUCCAAAUGCAGAUCAGCUCCUCUUUGCAGAUACACAUGGGCUCAACGUAUCUCCUCUCCUUCCAUCCACAUCCCCAUCUCCUGCUCUGAGAAAGGCUUCUAUGGAUGAGAUGAGUAGCGUGGCAUCUGGAGGAAAGGUGCCCUGUGAGGAGAAGGAAUUGAUUGAAGGAUCUCUUGAUGGAGAGGGCAGCAGAACUGAAACCAAAGGGCAACAGAGUGAAACCUCACACGGUGGAACUGCGGGAGUCUCUGACACUUCUUCCAGGGAGUGGAACGACAAGAGUCAGGGAGGCAGGCUGCCUCAGUCCAUGUCCAGGAAAGGCAGUUUAUCAGUGGUCUCUGACCUCUUAACCUCCACGCACAGCAGGUCUACCUCCUUAUAUUCCAUGUCCAACAUUGGUCGUUUGAUGCAGGGCAAGUCACAGUCAAGUUUUUCAGUGUCCUUUAAGAACAUGAAGAAAAGCCCUUCACUACAGUCUCUGGAUGAUCUCUCCAUAGACAGCUACUCACUAGAGGACUGUGACAGCUACAGCCUGCUGGAGAGAGAUGACGUAUCGAUCUCUGGCUUUAAAGAGGUUCUAAAUGAGCAGAUUUCCACAGAAGGGGCUAAUGUGAGUCUCGCGCAGGAGGCAGAUGAGACCCAGUCACCUGACGCCAUGAGCGCUGCCUCACAGAGCAUAGACGAACCCACAAAAGACCUUGUGUCGGUAUUGGUUUUGAAGGUUCACUCGGUCUGCUGUUCUCUGGAUCUGAAGGGUGAUGAUACAGCAGUAGCUCUGGAGGUGGGGCGGAUCCGACCCAAUCAGCUCGGCAACGUCAGUUUGCGGCAGUAUCUUAGCAACCGCAGCCUGGGUUUAGUGUCUUCAGCAUCAGUCGCUCAGAGUGGUGAAGGUACUUUAAGCUCUGGGUCAGGGUCGGACCCCAGCACGGUGUUAUUAAAUCCAGAGGUGCAGGUGAGGCUGGAAAGCGGCCCGGGGGCUGCGGUUCACUCUCCUCUCGCCGAACAGAACGGCUUCCUGCAGUGCCGCCUACAGGCCUUCAGUGCCGACUUCCUCAUGACAUCACUGCGAAACCUCGCCCUCUUCCUGGGGGAUGACACCGCUUCCCAGGUUCUUCCCAUGGAGAUCACAAUCAAAGAUACACAUGUGAACCUCAAGGAUGAUGUUCCCCGUGACAAAGCGUCAGAGCCUGAGGCCACGCCCAUCGCCGUACAUAUUCAUAAUCUGCUUAUCCAUCGUCAAGACGACGGCUCAUUCAGCAUUGGAGGAGCUGAGCGUGCCGUGGACCCAAAGCUUCAGAAGGCGGGGCCUGUGAAUGACAGCAGGCUCAGUUCUGUCCCUGAAGUUCCUGUAGGUGUGGCCAGUGAGCCGAAAGCCACUCAGACUGCACCUCUGUCACCCACAAGCCCCACCCCCUCAAGUAGAGAAAAGCUGCUCGUGGAGGAGAAUGAAUGCUUGAAACUGGAGCUGUCCAAGGCCAAGAUGGCGCUAGCAGAAGCCCAGAUGGAGAAAGACUCUCUCCAGCAUCAAAUGAAGAGUCUCAAACUCACCAGCGGGGGCAGCAACAGCUAGUGGCAGUGCAUGCGUGUGUGCAUACAGGACAGACACUCGCCACAGGGGGGCAGCAGAGUGCUUGGAGGGGCCCGGUGCCAUAAAAACUCCCAACUCUGCAGCUGAGAGGAGAAUGGUAUGUGUGCCGUGACGGAGCUCUCACCUCACACGGGAACCAGACUUUAUCUGCUCUUAAAGAACAGUGUUCUUUACUAUAGUGUACACACAAAGCUUCAAAAUCAGAGAAAGUCAAGUGAGAAAACUCUUCGGACAGCCUGUGGAAUUUCACAUUUCCUCUUGAUUUUUUUGUUGCUCUCUUCCUGUUUUUAUUAUUUCUUUCACUUAAUUUCUUUGUGUUGGCAAGGCCUGCAGAUGCACCCCUUAAAAUUAUCAUGGAAAAGUGUAAAGGGGUGAUAAACACACAUUCUUAUCACUUUAUCUACUCUCUAACUAUUAAUACACAGUGUAUAAGCACAUUCCCCCCUUGACCUUUAACCCCAGGACAGUCUUACACACUGUCAGGGUGUGUGAUGUUGAAUGUCAUAUCUUUGGAGGAAUGUCUUAAAAAGUUAAUUUGCACUGUUUUGAACUCUUUUGUUUAACAAGAACUAAAAAAAAAAAUUAGCAACUAAUAAAUUUGUGUUUAUGUAUAGUAAUUGUGAUAUACAAGAAUGUUUUUUUGUUAAUAAGUGCGAUUGAAUUGUUGUAGGCAAAAUUUUUACAAUCCAUUCUUAUGAUAGCGUCUCAAAAAUGGGAAAACGUUUUCGGAAUUAUUUAUGUUCAAGAACACACUACAGGAUUUGCAUUGCACAACUUGAUUUCUCUUACUAUAUGGACAGAUGUGUUGAGAUUUGCAGAUAUCAGUUCAGUAUUUGCAACUAAAUACACCGCGUCAUUCCAUGUUUGUCUUUUUAGAUGAACGUUUGCACUGCAACAGUCAAAAUAGGAGAUUAAUAGUGUGUAAUUCACUCAAUUUGAGCUUGGAAUGUUUAGCAGUUUUUUUGUCACAUUGUUGAUCUGAUUACCAGCAUUUCUGCACAAAGAAAAAUCAAAACGGAGAUGAAUGUUGGAAAACAGCUCAACAGAAGAGUUUUUGUUUGGUUGGCUUUUCUUGUUUAUGCUUUAAAAGAGAAGGGCGUAUCUUAUUAUGAAAUACAAUGGCAAAAAUGUUCUUUGCUCUCUCCUGCCCUUGUUUUUCCUCUUUACAGUGACCUCUACAAGUGCCUGUGACUGCACACCUUCUCCAGAGGUUCUGCUUGAUUUUUCUUUCAUGUCUUGUUCUCUAAAUGAAUGUUUUAAUGCUCUUCACAACAUAAGCUUUUAUCUGGAGAACAUUUUUCAGAUGUUGGGACUUGAACAUGGAGAGCUGGAUGACGAACAUCUGAUUGUAGGAAGCUAAAUCUUUUCUUCUGUAGUUCUAGGCCUCACCCCUAUGACACUAGCCCCGCCCCAGUAUGUAAUAGACACGCCCCUUAGAAAUGGAGGCCCGCCUCUUUAGCACAAAUGAUGAAUGAUGCUCAAUCAAGCAAACUUAUAAAAUGAUUAUUUCUUGUGUCUGACAGAAGCUGCUGAAGUACUGAGACAACUGAAAUAAAAUGCUGAAAUAAAGUUUAAAACAUUUUA